AGGGGGGGGGGGGGGUAGUAUAAGCAAAGAUCUAAAUUGAUGCAAAUGGAUAUAGUAUAAUACAAUGUAUCCAACAAUGUUCACAUACAACCGACAAGAAAGACAAGAGAGGAGAGAGUAGAGGGAAGAGAGAGAGAAAGAGAAGAAAAGGAUACAGUCAAAUAAAGUCAACCACCAAAGAAGAAAACCGGAAUCACAAGCCAAAGAGGAAAACACCCAGCUACUUAAAGCAUGCGCCAUAAAUUCCCUCGAUGCGUCACAAGUCAUUGGGCCACCCAGCAAUCAGCACAAGGUUGGUCGGUAAACAUUCGGUUCAGCGGGACAAGAAGGAAAGAAUGGCCAAGGGCCAAGGGGACAGUCAGCUUUGCCGCCCCCGGAGUAUCUAAUUUUCUUGCAACAAAAUAAAACCGGGGGUGAGUCGAAAACAAUUAGGUUGAACCAAGGGUUUCACAAGCCAAGUUUAGUGGAGGAGGCAG